AUGUUCCUCGAGAAGAUAUACAUCUUCCUGUGGUUCUGGCACAUCAUGCUCACAGUCAUAACCAUAGCCUCUCUCUUCAGUUGGCUACGGCGUCUUUUAUGGCGUCGUUCGCGACUCAAGUUUGUGCGACAUUACCUCAAGGUAGUGAACGCUGUGCCCCCCGUCCUGGAUCCGCGUGAUCGUCAGCGGACGCGACAGUUCGUAGAGGAGUACCUCACCGCAGACGCCUUCUUCCUAAUUCGCCUAAUCGGUGCUAACAGUGGCGACUUUUUGGCCAGUGAACUGAUCAAUGAACUCUGGAUGGGGUUCAUUGGUUGUGCUACUGCUGCUUCGUCACUUUCUCUACUUCCAAUACCUUCCACAACACCCAUUCGCCUUUGUACCAAACACGCUGCCUGCUCCUGUAAUUACUGUUAUCUUGGUGAAAGGUCAAAAUCCUAUGAUUUUUGCGGAGGAGCAAAAUCAGGGGGUCGAAUAUUCGGUUUGAAGUACUAUCCAGGAAAUAAGGGUGUCUCGCAGUACAGGAUAAGUCCCAACAUUCUCCACCAUCUGCAUAUCUUCCCAUCGUCCACCGACAAUAGACGGUGUCCAUGUGAGGUGACCGAAACGGUGGCGGCGGAGACCAAAAAAUUGCCACCCGGUAAAAUCACCACCGAGAGCAGUGACGGCAAUAACAACACUGAGGAUAUUGUAUAG